GUGCACGUGAUCACCGGGGACACCAUCAUGUGGGAGGCGGAUAUGGAGACCAAGAUCGAGGUGUUCAAGGAUGACCCCGACGCUUUCUACACGCAGGCGGAGAACGACCAGGAGCCCAGGGAGGCGAAGCUCGUGGGCAACGACCUGGUGUGGAACACCGGGGAAACGUGGACGCGAUGGUACCAGUCGGAGGACGACGGCGAGGCCACCACCUCCGAGAAGGAGGCCCCCUCCAGCGAGACGCCCUCGCAGGACGGCCGAGCCACCACUUCGGAGAAGGCGACCACCUCAAGUGCGGUGUCCUCGGAGGACGACGAGGCCACCACCAGCUUGGAGAAAGCGGCCACCUCAGGUGCUGUGUCCUCGGAGGACGGCCGAGCCACCACUUCGGAGAAGGCGACCACCUCAAGUGCGGUGUCCUCGGAGGACGACGAGGCCACCACCAGCUUGGAGAAAGCGGCCACCUCAGGUACUGUGUCCUCGGAGGACGGCCGAGCCACCACUUCGGAGAAGGCGACCACCUCAAGUGCGGUGUCCUCGGAGGACGACGAGGCCACCACCAGCUUGGAGAAAGCGGCCACCUCAGGUACUGUGUCCUCGGAGGAGGCCGCCGCGCCCCCGCCGGCGGCCACGCGGCGCUUCCCCGGCGCCGGCGCCGGGAAGAUGGCGGCGGGGGGCGGCGCGCAGGGCCUCCGCAUCGCCGGGAAAGCCGCGCCCCUGGCGGCCCAGGGCGUCCGCGUCGCCGGGAAAGCCGCGGCCCCGGCGGCUCAGGGCGUCCGUGUCGCCGGGAAAGCCGCGGCGCCUGCUUCUCCCGAUGACGCUGGGCGCGACGCGGAGGCCUCGACGUCCAGCCCGACGCCCAGCCCGACGCCCAGCCCGACGCGAUCUCCGACGAAGGCGCCCGCGGCAGCGGCGCCGGCGCUGGGCACGCCGCUGGGCGCCAGCAGGGACGCCGCGCCCAGCCCGCCGCCCAGCACGACGUCCAGCGCGGCGGCUUCCGGCGCGCCGCCCAGCACGGAGGACGACGGAGCCACCACCUCGGCUAAGACGGCCGCCUCCACUGCUGUGCCUUUGGAGGAGACGACGACGGCUGGGCCCAGCGAGAAAGUGGCCACCACCGAGGUGGCUGCCGCGACGGCCAGGUCCAGCGAGAAGGUGACAACUACCGAGGUGGAAGUCACCACGUCGGCGGGGUCCAGCGAGGAGGUGAACACCACCGCGGUAGAACCUACCGCGACGGCCGGGUCCAGCGAGAAGGUGACAACUACCGAGGUGGAAGUCACCACGUCGGCGGGGUCCAGCGAGAAGGUUACCAACAACGCGGUGGAAGCUGCCGCGACGGCCGGGUCCAGCGAGAAGGUGACAACUACCGAGUUGGAAAUUACCUCGACGGCUGGGCCCAGCGUCAAAGCGACCACCACCGCGGUGGAAGCUGCUGCGACGGCUGGGGCCAGCGAGAGUGUGACCACCGCCGCUGUGGAAACUGCCGCGACGACUGGGGCCAGCGAGGAGGUGAACACCACUGCAGUGGAAACUACCGCGACGGCCGUGUCCAUUGAGGAGGUGAAUACCACCGAGGUGGGAACCACCGCGACGGCCGGAACCAGCGAUGAGGUGACCACCACCGAGCGUGGGCGGGCGGCCCUGGCGUGGGGCGGGUGCGGAGCUGGGCCCGUCGAGAUCAGCAAGGUGACCCGCGCGCUGGUGGGCGACCGCGUCGCCGAGCGCCUGGCCGCGCAGCCGGCGCGGUGGCACGUCUCGGACUGGACCGAUCGCGCCACGGUGCUCUGCAGCCUGCUGACAGAGUACGCUGUUGGGAUAGGUGGAAGGCCCCUGCGUCGGCCGCUGCGGAUCGUGGAGGUCGGGGUGCACGAGGGCCGCACGCUGGCCCGGCUGCUGGGCCUGGAGGAGCGGAGCGCGCCGCAGGGCUGCGACGCCCUGACGUUCCGGCUAGGGGCUGCACAACACGGUGGCGGACCACUUGGUGGAUCUCUGGAACGAGACGCGCAGCGAGGUGCCGGCACGGCGGUUCUACCAGGCCAAGGCCGCGCUGCACGGUGUUGA